GGAACUUUCAAGUUAUCAGACCUUCGAUCUCGGUCCGUGAUUACAGACAGAUACAUUCCAACCCCAAUUUUCACUGCUUUUGUCUUAUCACAACAUUCAUGAGUGGUGUUCAAAAGACUGCCAUCGUCACUGGUGCCUCUUCAGGCAUUGGACGAUACACUGCUAUUGCCCUCCUGAAUGAGGGAUGGAACGUUGUUGUCACUGCUCGGAGAUUAGAGGCCCUUCAAGAAACACAGGAAAUGUCUUCAAAUGCUGAAAGCUGUCUUUGCGUGGCUGGUGAUAUUACCGAUGAAACCUUUGCGAUAAAUCUCUUCGAGCAGGCAAUUGCUAAAUUUGGGCGACUGGAUCUUUUGUUCAAUAAUGCUGGAAUAUCGUCCGCCCAGGUUCCAAUUGAAGAUGUCUCCUUCGACACGUUCCAAAAUGUUCUGAACAUCAACUUGGUAGCGCCUUUUAUCUGCACUCGGGAAGCAGUCAAAAAAUUUAAAGCUCAAACUCCCCCUGGAGGUCGCAUCAUCAAUAAUGGUUCCUUGUCAGCCCAUGUACCGCGUCCGCACUCUUAUGCAUAUACGAUGUCAAAGCAUGCGAUGAACGGUCUCACCAAGUGUACUUCUCUCGACGGACGCGCAUUUAACAUUGCCUGUACCCAAAUCGAUAUAGGAAAUGCGGCUACAGAUAUGGGAGGACGGCAUGGAUUAGGUGCAUUACAGCCAGACGGACGCAUAAUUCAAGAAGGCGUGCUUAAUGUCCAACAUGUCGCCAGCACGAUCGUGCAUAUAGCCAGUCUUCCGCCUGAUGUUACUGUUCUCCACGUCAACAUCAUGCCCACCAACGUCCCAUAUGUUGGACGAGGUUAAUAGAGUCGAAGCGUAGGAUUCAAUAUCAUUCCGACUUAUACAGAGUUUUCCUUCUAUUUCCCCUUACAAGGUUCAUAUAAGUACAUAGGCCUCGUGAAAUAAUUUGUCCGUAUCCGACAAGCCUCUGAUUA